ACUUCUAAGUUGUACUUGUUGUAGCAUCAGGUGUUGUCCAAGUGUCAAGUUUAGGAUGUAUUCUUUCUGUCAUGCUGAAUACAUUAAAUAAAUAAGUUUUGAUUUAUAACUUCCUUUUUAUUUUAAGUAUAUUUUAUCUUAUUUUUUAAGUGAAACAGAAAGAUGCUACCGAAACUACAAAUUUCUCAGAGUGUCAUAACUCGAUUGAGUGAAGCGAGGGAUGGUAAAGAGGGAGCUGUGUAUGGAACAAUGUACGAUAACACAUUGCUCAUCCUGGGACUCAGUGUUAGUCCAUCUCAUAUCGGAGCAGAUCCUUACAUCGAGCUACAGACUCACUUUCCCACCAAGAUAGACUUCUGCGGCACAGUUACCUUCACAGACGAAACUGAUGACACACAAUUGUCUCCUGAUACCCUAGAUGUCCUGAAGGAAGUGCUGGUUACGGAUAACCCUCUUGUGAUGAAGCGUGCAGUCAACUCGAGUGCGCUUCGAGCUUACUUCUACUGCAAUGAGAAGCUGGUAGAGGUACCGCAUGUGGUCCUGUCGGAGUCUGAUGUGUGUCAACGCUUUGUCCAUGUUAGACUACGCACCACGCUGCCACUGGUGUGUGAGGCGGAACCUAACGCUAUCAAGGAGGCUAUCAACAACCUGCAGAAACAGGUAUCAUCAGGGACCGUAGGGUUUCAUGUACCACAAGCCAAGAUCUACAUAUUUGGUGCGGAGCUGGAAGAGUCCGGGAUCCUUGUUGGAGAACUGCAUGAUUCCAUACGAUCUCCUGAGAGUAAGAAGAAACCUCCCACUUCACUAGAAGCUUCAGAGGUGAUCAAUGUGUCCAUGCUACAUAAAGCAACAAGAGACAGCCUCAGUGAGAACACAUCUCGUAUAGCUCCCGUCAUUCAGCAUCUCAAGUGUAACAAACAGCUGGUGCAGGUAGAGUUGCCAGUGGACCACCUAGCUCUGCUAGACAGAGAGACUCACACAGCAGAGUUGUACUCUGUACUGGUAGACACUUUGUGUCGCUCACUCAGAGUGUUUGAGAGGUGUCUCAGUCAGGGACACAAGCGGCUGGCUGUACCACGAGCCUACCACUUCCUACCUCCACACCUUGGACACUUCCUCACACUCGUCUACCUCUCUAACAGAACUGACGAUGACUUGAAGAGUAGAAGGGAAUGGUUCCACGACCAGUUGAAGCUGCCACAGGAUAGACCUGUUUUCAGGAAAGGAAAUGUUCAUGUGUUCAAAGAAGAGCUGUCACCUAACUCACCACUUGUCAAUCCUCACGAAGGCCUCAGUCCUGCAUUGAAGGAAGGAAAGGUGAGUGUGGUGUCUGGCCGCUACAGCUAUCACCACUACAUGCAGGACAACUUCAAUGAUGAUGGCUGGGGCUGUGCAUACAGAAGCUUACAGACGGUCAUCUCAUGGUUCAGAUUGCGUUGUAAUGUGUUGUGUUUUGAAGGAAGGAGAGUGAAGGAAGGAGAGGUGAGUGUGGUGUCUGGCCGCUACAGCUAUCACCACUACAUGCAGGACAACUUCAAUGAUGAUGGCUGGGGCUGUUCAUACGGGUGCUUACAGACAGUCAUCUUAUGGUUCAGAUUGCACUUGAAGGAAGGAGAGGUGAGUGUGGUGUCUGGCCGCUACAGCUAUCACCACUACAUGCAGGACAACUUCAAUGAUGAUGGCUGGGGCUGUUCAUACGGGUGCUUACAGACAGUCAUCUCAUGGUUAAGAUUGUGUUUGAAGGAAGGAGAGGUGAGUGUGGUGUCUGGUCGAUACAGCUAUCACCACUACAUGCAGGACAACUUCAAUGAUGAUGGCUGGGGCUGUUCAUACGGGUGCUUACAGACGGUCAUCUCAUGGUUCAGAUUGUGCUUGAAGGAAGGAGAGGUGAGUGUGGUGUCUGGUCGAUACAGCUAUCACCACUACAUGCAGGACAACUUCAAUGAUGAUGGCUGGGGCUUGAAGGAAGGAGAGGUGAGUGUGGUGUCUGGCUGCUACAGCUAUCACCACUACAUGCAGGACAACUUCAAUGAUGAUGGCUGGGGCUGUUCAUACGGGUGCUUACAGACGGUCAUCUCAUGGUUCAGAUUGUGCUUGAAGGAAGGAGAGGUGAGUGUGGUGUCUGGCCGCUACAGCUAUCACCACUACAUGCAGGACAACUUCAAUGACGAUGGCUGGGGCUGUGCAUACAGGAGCUUACAGACAGUCAUCUCAUGGUUCAGAUUGUGCUUGAAGGAAGGAGAGGUGAGUGUGGUGUCUGGCCGCUACAGCUAUCACCACUACAUGCAGGACAACUUCAAUGAUGAUGGCUGGGGCUUGAAGGAAGGAGAGGUGAGUGUGGUGUCUGGUCGAUACAGCUAUCACCACUACAUGCAGGACAACUUCAAUGAUGAUGGCUGGGGCUGUUCAUACGGGUGCUUACAGACGGUCAUCUCAUGGUUCAGAUUGUGCUUGAAGGAAGGAAAGGUGAGUGUGGUGUCUGGCCGCUACAGCUAUCACCACUACAUGCAGGACAACUUCAAUGAUGAUGGCUGGGGCUGUUCAUACGGGUGCUUACAGACGGUCAUCUCAUGGUUCAGAUUGUGCUUGAAGGAAGGAGAGGUGAGUGUGGUGUCUGGCCGCUACAGCUAUCACCACUACAUGCAGGACAACUUCAAUGAUGAUGGCUGGGGCUGUGCAUACAGAAGCUUACAGACGGUCAUCUCAUGGUUCAGGCAUCAAGGUUACACGGAUCGUCCGGUUCCCUCACACAAGGAGAUACAACAGUGUCUGGUAGACAUCAAAGACAAGCCAGUGAGCUUCGUGGGGUCUCGCCAGUGGAUCGGCUCAACAGAGGUGAGCUUCUGUCUGGACACCAUGCUGGGAGUCACUUGUCGCAUCAUCAACGUGAGCUCCGGCAGCGAGCUGCAGGAACUGGGAGGAACUCUGGCCAACCACUUCAACACUCAUGGAACACCUGUCAUGAUUGGAGGAGGAGUUCUGGCCCACACUAUCCUGGGAGUGACUCUGGACCGGGACUCUGGAGAUGUAAGAUUCCUGAUCCUGGACCCUCACUACACAGGCAGUGAGGACCUUCGCACUAUCCAGUCCAAGGGCUGGGUCGGCUGGAAGAAACCUGACUUUUGGAACAAGACAGCUUACUACAACAUGUGCUUGCCGCUUCGUCCGCAGUGCUUCUGAGGCACAGCGCCAGCGCAACGCUAUAUUAUUUUUAUAGAAGAUAUUUAUAUGCAUCCUGCCGCAAUUGUUGUACCCAUUUUGAUUAAAUAUGUUUUAUUUUUGUUC